GCCACUCGAUUAACUGCAGCUGUUGGCACUUCCGCAUUGGCUUCAUUUCUUCAGCACCGGAGGUUCAGAGCAGAUUCAGAGACGUGUCUGAGUCUUCAUUUAUUAAGCCUUGGUCAAGACCAGGAAGAAGGAUUUAGAAGCACCAGUAAAGGUGAGCCAAGAUGGGAGCUUUUGCUAGCCUGUUUAAAGGCUUGUUUGGCAAGAAAGAAAUGAGGAUCCUGAUGGUAGGACUGGAUGCUGCUGGAAAGACCACUAUCCUGUACAAGCUCAAACUGGGAGAAAUUGUUACCACAAUCCCUACCAUCGGUUUUAAUGUUGAGACGGUAGAAUACAAGAACAUCAGUUUUACAGUGUGGGAUGUUGGCGGUCAGGACAAGAUCAGGCCACUCUGGAAGCAUUACUUCCAAAACACACAAGGCCUUAUCUUUGUAGUGGAUAGUAAUGACAGGGAGCGAGCUGGUGAGGGGAAGGAGGAGCUGAUGCGAAUGCUGGCUGAAGAUGAGCUGGCGGAUGCUGUGCUGCUUGUGUUUGCCAACAAACAGGACCUGCCCAAUGCAAUGAAUGCAGCUGAGAUCACAGACAAGCUGGGCCUACACUCCCUGCGCCAUCGCAACUGGUAUAUCCAGGCCACAUGCGCCACUGCUGGGGAUGGUCUUUACGAGGGUCUCGACUGGCUUUCUAACCAGCUAAAGAAAGCAAAAUGAUCCAUCACUCCACCUCCUGUCUGUCCUCUCUGUCUGCAGUGUACUGGUUCCUGGUCUCAUUCUCUCCUUUUCUCUUUUUCCUCUGAAGUGUUGGACCUUUGGCCAAUGCUAUCCCUGCAUCUGUGUACUGUAGGUGUGUGUUUUUUGGAUAUGUGAGUGGGAGCAGCCAUGUUGGGCCUUGAACACCGUUAACUCUCAAGCAUCUCAUUCCUCCAGUGUCGGCCAUCCAAAGCCAAUGGUCUCCACAAAGCAAAGGACACAGGAUGUUGAGUCCUGCGUAAUUUUGUUUUUUAAAUCUGCUAGUGACAUUAAGGCCUUUUUGAACUGUUUAUUCACCUUGCAAAGAAGACACACAGUAUACCACAGUGUCAUGUUUGAUACGGUAAAAUAUCCCACAUCCCAGAUCAGUUCACAUUGUUUUGAAAAUUUUGAGUUUUGGUGGAUUUAAGUUGAUUUUGACUGCUACAGUGAACACUGGAUACUUAUUUAUUUUCUCUCUUUCCUAAAUGUUUGAAUCCCCCAAGUCUGUAUGCUGUUACGGUCAGAAUGUAUUCGGCUUCUCUGUUUCUGAAGAGAAGUUGUUGAAUCAUUUCUUCAGUUUUUAAAUUGAAUUCAGUGCCACCUCUAAAUGUUAUCCCUCUUAUGGCAAUAACCUGAUAUAUAUUUACAUGUGGUCUUGUUUUUUACACACACAGCAUUAAAAGAUCCAUCAGGACUGGGUCUAGUAAAGGCAAUAAAUGUUGCAGUGUAUGUUUACAUAUAUGGAGGUGUGUUGUGUGUAGCUACUACAUUGUUGGUGGAUGUGUGUAUCCUUCCGGUGCUGUUUGGGUUUCAGCCUCGUCCAGUUACUGGAACGGUGAGGCCUUUUGUUUUUUGGAUUUUCUCCCACUCUCUUUUAUUAACUGGUAGUCUUAUUUUCUAUUGUAUAUAUUUCUUUGUGACCGUUUUCUUUUUUUAAUGUUUCUGUUGAUGCACAGACAACCUGGUUUACUUUGGCAUGAGCUGACGUGCCAGGUGUGCAAAUGCUCUAAGGACCAAUUGUUUUGAUUCAUAAAGUGCCCAUUGGGUUUGGUUCAGUUUUUGCUUCACCUGCAGGGCAUGAGUUUUCCCACCUGUGGUUUUCUAGAGCACACACAAUUGUCUUUGAUUAAAGGUACAGUUGAAUUGGAAUUGUUUUCUCUGGUCCCCUUAUGUAUCAGCACUGUAAAUGCUUCCAUGAUGCUUCAGGCUUUAUUCCCCUGGAGUUAUUUACAUGAUGUCCCUGUAAUGCCAUUUGCACAACCUCAGCAACUUGCACAACACAGGCCUAUGUGAAGACAGUGGCUUAUCCAUCAGCCUUUGCAAUGAACCCAUAGACAAUAACCCUUCCCAUCGCUCUCCAACAGCACACAUGCAAAUGUACAAGUAUGAAAGUAAAACUGAUGCCAAAGGCUACUGUGAUUAAUUAGAAACCAAUCUUGAACUGUGCACACCAAGGUCAUAAUAUCACACUGACCUCCAAAGGAAAAUUAAUUUUCCCUUCUGUUUUUCUAGGACUAGGCUUUUAGUUAAGUUUUCUUGGGAUGUUAGAAUAGCCAAUCGACUAUUCUUUUGGGGUUUUGUUUGUCCUUACGUUGGGGUAUUUCUUAAACAUCAGUAGAGUUCAUAGGAUAAGUGAUUAGGGCUGGGUAUCAUUAAAAAAAAUUAAAUACCAAUACCGUUACUUUGAUACCGGUUAUUUUUUUCGAUACCAAUUUUAUAAAACAAAAGGAAUUUACAACAUUACACAUUAUGGCACACAUCUUUUUAUUUUUCAGCUACGAUAUUUGCUCCUUAGGUAUUGAAAUUGGGUAUUGAGUGACAAGGCAUUUUUUGAUACUCGAUACUAUAGAGGCAAUUCAGUCGGUGCCUAAAAAGUAUUGAAUUCAGUACCCAGCCAAGUGAUGUGAUCUGGUAUACAACAAGAAAUACAAAUGUAUAAUGUAUAAUAUUUUGUCAGAAAAUGUAUUUCAAUGGUAUGUGUAUCAUCCACAUACCAUUGUUCAGAUGUGAAUAUUCACUUUUCAAGGAAGUUUCACAAAUGACAAGGUAUGUGCAUAUGUUUGUCUGGAUAACCUUAUGUUUUUUUAAAGCUUGUAACAUUUGAUAUAAUAAUAAUAAAGAGAUCUCUAUUGUA